UGGGCAGGAGGAGACCUUGGCAGGGAAGCAGCGCAGAAGCUGCCGUGUAGACGGAGGAGGGUGGAUUCUUCUUCUUCCUUCCCCAAACCGCUCUCUCCUUCCCCCGUUCCCGGCCAUGUCAGACGGCAGCGUCGACUCGCCGUCGGUCCACCGCGCCGCGCCGCCGAUCUCGCCGUCCCCGUCGCUGUCGCAGCACCAGACGCCGCGGGGCCGCCAGCCGCCCCCGCCCGGCGCUGACCCCGUCGCAUUCGGCGUCGUCGCCUUCGUCGCCAUCUGCUUCUUGCUGAUUUCAUUUUCGGCACCAUCAAGCAUUCUACAUCAAGUUCCUGAAGGACAUGUUGGGGUAUACUGGAGAGGAGGUGCUCUUUUGGAAACAAUCACUCCACCAGGUUUUCAUCUGAAGCUGCCUUGGAUAACCCAAUUUGAGCCAAUACAGGUUACACUUCAAACAGACCAGGUCAGAGAUAUUCCUUGUGGAACAAAAGGUGGUGUCAUGAUCAGCUUUGAUAAGAUUGAGGUUGUUAACCGCCUCCGCAAAGAGUUUGUGCACGAAACCCUACUCAAUUAUGGUGUGCAUUAUGACAAGACAUGGAUCUAUGACAAAAUCCAUCAUGAGAUAAACCAGUUCUGUAGUGCCCACAGUUUGCAGCAAGUUUACAUUGACAUGUUUGAUCAGAUUGAUGAAACAAUGAAAGAAGCUAUUCAAAGAGACUGUACACGCUAUGCUCCUGGAAUUGAGAUCAUCAGUGUUCGUGUUACAAAGCCGAACAUACCUGGUACUAUUAGGAGAAAUUUUGAACUUAUGGAGGAGGAGCGUACAAAGGCGUUGAUUGCCAUUGAGAAGCAAAAGGUUGCAGAGAAGGAAGCUGAAACACAGAAGAAGAUCGCACUAUCUGAAGCAGAGAAGAAUGCACAGGUGAGCAAGAUCCUCAUGGAGCAGAAGCUCAUGGAAAAGGACAGCUCCAAAAGGCAGCAACAGAUUGAUAAUGAGAUGUUCCUUGCCCGAGAGAAAGCUCUUACAGAUGCAAACUAUUAUAGGAUCACGAGGGAAGCAGAGGCCAACAGGCUGAAACUUACACCUGAGUAUCUUGAGCUGAGGUUCAUUGAAUCGAUUGCCAAUAACUCAAAGAUAUUCUUUGGUGAAAAGAUUCCAAACAUGAUCAUGGAUCAAAGGAUGCUUAGGAAUUACCUUGACACUACAUCAACCCAGGACCAUUUAGAAAUAUAGCAGUUGUCUUAUGUGAAUUGCAAAGAACAUUGGCUCUUUUUCUGAUCCCAGAUGAAAAUUAGGAUUCCUGCGAAUCUGAUCAGUAUAUGGUUAAGCUGAAAGAGUAGACAUUAGGGCCACUUUAAGACGGAUAAUAGUUAGUCUCUUGUAUUAGCAUAGCUGGAGGCUGGAGUAAUAUUUGGAUUCGUUUUUCAUCUGGAACUGGAAGGAAAAUGUAGUGCUCUAAGCCUCUAAUGCAAGUAUAAAACAAGCGCGAGCUAGACUGCA